AUGUUUUUUACCGCCGAAUCCGUUGAGGCCUCAGGCGCCUUCGCUCCGAGCUGGGCCGCUGGAGCCCAUGAGCUUGGGCGAGGCUUGCAAGAUGUGCCGAAGCCUCCAGAUCAAUCCUGUGAAGCUCCCGGUCGUCGUGUCAGCCGGGGCCUCCUUUCACCUGGCCCGGUGGCGAUUCUGCUUCGCAGAGUUUCGGCCAUUCAGGUGUUGGAGGAGGACUCCGAAAGCGAAGCAACGUUUUGUGGGCCGUGUUCCAAGUCCGAGAACGACGAAGCAGCGGUUGCUUCAGAGCUCUAUCUGCUCCAGGCCUGGGAGCUGGGCCCGUUCCAAGCCGAAGCAGUAAGGAUUCGCAAAGACGACUACAGAAAGCACCGGGAGCAGGUCGCCCGAAGAGGGUUGCACCAGUUAGUGCCACCGCCGGGCGAAGCAGAAGGGGAGUACCAGAUCUUCGAAGGCUUCUUCGUUGUGGGCAUGGAGGUCGACCACACCUUGGAAGUCGACCGCCCCUUCGAAGUGGUGAAGAGAAUCAUUGGCAAGGAUGGAUGGAGGAUGAAGAUGAUCAGCACUGAAUGCAAUGCCAAGGUCCGCUUGCGCGGCAGGGGCAGCGCUUUCCUGGAAUGCGGCAAAGAGGCCGACAUCCCAUUGCAGAUAAACAUCAUCUGCACUUGCUUUGCAGAUUACGUGUCUGCCGUGGAUGAGGUAGCCACCCUGCUCCGAGACCUGUACAAGCACUAUAGGCGCUUUUGCCGAUCCGUCGGCCAGGAAACAUCAGUGUCUCUGUGCUUCCAUGAAGUCCGGCGACCCGACCUGCUCUUUUGGCUCCCAGCUGCUUCUGUCUCCCAACUCUGGAAGCCGAUUGUAUUUCCCUGCGAUGCCGCGGCUCCUAAGCGGAAGGCGGCCUCGCCGGAAGAAAGUAGCGAUGAUGAGCCUCAGACGCUGAGGCUUCUUGAUUUGCUGGCCGGUCUACCAGAACCUUGCUCAGAUGCAGGCCCAGAAGAAGAGCUGCACAGGCUGAACCAGACUCUUCUGCUGGAGCAGAUCCAGGAGCUGCAAAGCAAAGGGGCAGUCGCUGCCAACUCUGGCUUGCGGUCCGAUGCAUCAGGCGGAAGUGAGGAGAUCUGCCGUAGUGCUGAUAUGUACCCGGUCAGCGGCAUGGGCAAGGGCAAGAACAGAGUCCCGUGCCAAGUCAAAGGCAAGGACGACGGAAAGAGACGCGAGCGGGUCAAAGGCGAGGAGAAGGGCAAGGACAGGGGAAGGAAAGAGGGGCAGGCCAAGGGCAAGGACAAGGGAAAGGAGCAGACCAAAGGUAAGGAGAAGGGAAUGAGACAGGAGCGGGCCAAGGCCAAGGACAAGGGAAAGAGACAGGAGCAGGCCAAGGGCAAGGAGAAGGGAAAGGUCAAGGGAAGAGGUAAGGAUCUGCCUAGGGCCGACGGUGCUGUGGCCAGUGGCUGGGAACAUCGAAUAGGUAAGGGCAAAGGCAAGGAGACGAACGCGGGCUACAAGAGCAAGGGUGCAGGCAAGGGCAAGGGCACCGAUGGCAGCAAGCCUGAGACGUCCCAUGCGGAAGCACGACUUGGUUCUGCAACGGAUGUUGAGCCCAGUGGCAGCCGAGGAAGCUUGCCAGAGGCAGAAGCGACUUGCUGUUCAGAGGAGGUGCCGCAGCUGUUGCGGAAGGUCGCAGGCAUCGUCCAAGAGCCGAUUGCAGCGAUGACCGACGGUCCACAACCUAAGACUCCGAGGACCCUUUCUGCCAACCCGGAGCCACCAUCUCCGGUGUCCACAACAGCUACAGCAGAUCUCGCGUGGGUCGCUUCUCCCGACUCGGGAUCCUUGUCGUGCUUCUCGGCCAGCGUGUGUGCCAGCCCGGAACCUGGGUCGACGAAAGCCGCAUUAGAGGAUUUGGAAUCGCAAGAGCACUGGCCUUCACUUGCGCAGCCGACACGGAAAGCAGUGCAAGAUUCCUGCUUGCCUUUGCAGCUGUCUGCAGAAGCCGGAUGGUCUGCUUCCCUGGUGCAAGCUCUGCGUCUGCGUGAUUCACGUGACCGUCCAACCUCGGAGACGGAGCCCAGGGAGCCCAGUAGCACAUUUUCCUCAAAAGCGGACCGAAACUCCGAGCAGAAGGAGCCCUGCUCUUCGAAAGAAAGCACACUUGCAAAGCGCAAAGGAGAUGCUUCCUGA